UUAUCGAAAUGUCGAGGACGAAGCGCGCCCCCAUGCUUGCAUAUAUAGAAACCGAUUUCUUUAUUCAUCCCGAAGCCCAAACGCCCCAACAUCAUCCUCCGAAUCGUAAUAAAAUGGAGUGCGGAGUUACGGGAGCGAGUUACACGAACGGCGCCUCCCCCGGCGGGGGAGGCGGUAUACUAGCAGACGUGAGGUCGGAGAGGUCACCGGCUAAAACGGGACUGCACGUUAAUUUCAAGGACAAAGGGGAAAUCAAAGAAAAAAGAGAAAAAUUUCUUACUGCCAAAUACGGACAUCACCAAAUGAGUCUAAUAAGGAAGAGGUUGGCCGUCGAGAUGUGGUUAUAUGAGGAGUUGAAGAAGUUGUAUGCGAGUAAAAAUGCUAAACAAAUAGAUGCUGUAAAUAAUGACGAAGUCGAGGUGGAUAUAGAUGAACUACUAGAUAUGGACAGUGACGAAGAACGGCGGAGGCAUUUACAGAAUCUACUUAUAGAUGCCAAGGGAUCUCAGAGUGAUAUAAAAAAAUUCAUAAAUGAUUUACUAGAUAAGGCAAAGACUCUUUAAAUUAAGUGAAGUGCCAAAAAUUAAUUCGAAUGAUUAAGAAGAAAGAAAGAUAGACACUGGCCCUCAUCGUCGGAGCCUAAGUUGCACAAGUCUUAGUGAUUUUUGUCUACAUCGAUGUUCAUUGGAUAAAAUGUGUAUACCUAUAAUCCAUCCUCGUAUUACCAAAACGAACGUUUUGACGCAGUAAUUUUAAGAUUUUUAUGUAACAUCCAAUUAAAAAGGGCUCGAAAAUAUCAACAUUUUAUGUUCUACACCAUCUAGUACCCUUAAUUUCCAAAAACUGCAACCCGAUAAAUGAUCUACAUUCAGUAAAGGUUUUGGUUGUCAGUUCUUGAAAGAUUUUUGUACUUUUGAAUUUGUAUUCCUGUUUUAUUAUUUGUCCACAAUAAAAUUGCAUUUAGCAAUUGUUGCUGCCGGUCCAUGUUAUGUUGUGGUCUGGCACAAAACAUUGGUAUUACCUUUUGAAACGAUUUUUUCCAUUAAGGCUUCUAAUUUUUCCGAUUGGAUCUGAAAACUCUUCAUCACUUUUUUCUUGAUUACCUUCAUGUAUUUCAUCUCCUUCGGCUUACACUUCACUGCAUGUGUCAUGUUCAAUUUCGUCGAAAACAUCUGCACUUAUGGAACCAUUGUCAUUAAUACUGAUUUCAAUUUAAUUCAAUCAUCCUAAUCCUUUUCGAAUCAAGGAUCACUGUUUCGAAUACUUUUUGAUCCUGUCCUGUCCAUUGUUUAACGAAAUGGCAGUUGAUGGUUUGAACACUUACUAACUUAAAGGCAGUGUUCCCAACACUAAGAAAUUUAUCUCCCUAAAGCGCCAAUCGAAAACCCCUAAAAUCCCCCAAAGGGUUCAAGCCAAAGCGCCUGAUCGGCUUUUCAAAGGACAUCUAACUUUGGUAACAUCAAGUAGAGCACGACGGGUCUAUCUGAAGACCUAUGUGCUCAACGGUUUCACAGCCCCCCCCCCCCACAACUAUGAACUUCUUAUUUGGUUGAUAGUUAUGUUGAAAAAUUCUCUGUAAGCUUUCUAAAAAUGGUCUAAUGGGGCAUAAUCUAUUAUUUGCUUGGAGAACAUUUGGGUCAGCAAAUCUUUUUUUAAUAUUAAUAUUGAUAAAAAUCUAUUUCGACUCAGACCUUUCACCAAAAACGAUGGAGUAUUUAGAUUAUAGCACGAACUCCAAUACAUCAAAAUUUUCGCGCCAUUCUAGACCAUUAGUUUAAAAAUCUAGAUGUGGUUGAUUUGCAAAAUAAAAUUGAGCCAUUAUAAGGUCGAGUAUCUCCAAAUGGAUCAUAUUCCAUGCAGCAACAGAUGAAGUGUUACUAAGGUCUGAAAAAAUUUCAUCUUUCAUCUUCACUACUAGUGAAAUUUUUAUUUUCAUCGUCGGAUGUAAUAUUAUCGAACAAAAAAUCGGAGUCUGAAUCACUGUCACUCAUGAUUAGAGGAGAAUAAAUAAAAACCGACAGCUUAUCGGACCAAUAAGACAUAGGAGGAGGAGGACUAUUAUACUGGAAUAUAUACAAAGUAUACAAAUAUUAUUAGUUUUUGAUGAAUAGUUUUUCACUGUAAGCAAAAAAUCAAAGUUAAAAUCAUAACAACGUAUAGUCCGAAGCUGGCUUCAAAAAACAGGGUCGAUUAGGUGCGCGCCAUUUUAGCUUGUAAACUUAGUACAUCACCAAAUGCCAGGUCAGGUCAGCAUAGGUCGAAUUUGAAAAUGCCAGCCGGUUUUCUCGAACGGAAAAAUUGGCUGAAAAAACCUCAUAACUUUUUUAUUAGGUUUUUGGGGUCUCAAAUAAGAGCGAUGUAAUAGUGCAAGAAGUUUAGCAGGCCGGAAAAAAUAUUCAGAUGAGUUUUUCGGCACUUCUUAAAGGGUUUAACAGCCUGCAGCAUUUCUUGCGCUAUUACAUCGCUUUUAUUUGAGGUUUAUAAUCCCCACGUUACAAAAGGUUUCGCGGCCGCACGUUAUGAGGUUUUUCAGAUAAGUGUUCAGGCUUUCAUUGGUGACAGAUUGACUGUUUUACAAAUUUUUCGAUAUUUUCGAGCCUUAACAAUUAUAAAUUUAUUCGCGGCCAGUUUUGCCAAUGACAUUGUUAACCUGUUUUCUAUUUUUUUAUAUUUUAAUUUGAUUUUAGUCUGUAGGUUAUUUAUAUAAUAUGGUAACAGCUAGUCCUUAUAUUUCAGGAUAUAGGUUAGGAAUCAUAUCAGACUGCCUUUUUGAAUUUAUCAUGAUCUAUUUUCAAGCGGAAACAGUAAUUUACCUCUGAAAAGCAUGAAUGAUUCUAUUAGUGUUUAAUAAUAAACAAAAAAAUUCAUAACAGCGUUUUGUGUCAAUAAAAUUUUAAAAAUCAAAUUUUGGGGUAUACAGUAACCGCUGGAAAAAUCGAUUAUCAAUAAUAUGUAAUUCAUUUAAAUUUUUUUUUAACAAAUUACAAAUUAAAAUAUGUAAACAAUACCAAGGACGUAAACCAAAUUUUAAAUUGAUGACGUACCUUGAAAGGUAUUAAUUCAGUACCUAUUGUAUUUGUAAAGAAAUACCUCGUUCAGUAGAUUGUAGUUCAUCAAUACUCGUCAGUUUUUAGAAUAUUUAGACUAUAUAAACACACCGGUGUAAUGAAAAGUAGAACAAUUUUUACAACACAAGUUUUUACUGAAAAUAUUGUAUUAGUAAUAAUUUAAUCGUAAUAAAUUUUAUUUUGUAAUUUGUCGUGCCUGUAUAUUUUAAAGCCUUGUUCACAUAGUUUUGUCAUUUAUAUUUGUUGCAUUGCUGAGAGCCAAAUUACAAACAACUGUCCUUUCUUUUUUAACCGUAGACUUUUACCAGUCUUGCUACACAAAAUAAAACCUAGAAAUAGUAAUCAAGUGAUAGAACUCUAGACCAGUCAUAUUCAAAGUGUGCUCCGCGGAACCCCUAGGAUUCCGCGAAACUUCAGAAAAACACCUCUGAUUAUCAACAAUCGAUACUUUUAUUCGAUUGUUGCAAUUUAGUCGAAUCGAUCUAUUCCUCUCGGCGAGUAGCGCCUUCCACCACGCGUCACUGCUCACGCGUUCAUUUGUUAAACAAGUCCGAACAUAUAAAAUAAGUAUCGAUAUUUAUCUCAAUAUAAUAUAUCGAUACUUUGCAAUAUAUCGUAAGGGAUUUGUAUUUAACUAAUAUAAAAUAUUGAAUAUCAGAUAGGGUUCAAGUUAAUAUAAACAGAGUGCAGAAACAAAUCAACUUUAUUUAUUUAUAAAUCCCAAUAUUUUUUCUAUAGACUUUGCAAAAACAAAAUUUGAGUAACUCUUUUGUAGUCUGCUCCUCUGCAUAUUCAAAUACUACAUUAUAAAACUUUGGGGACUGUACCCACACUUCUAAUGGGUUUUCGUUCAAUCUACUAACUGGAGCCCUCCAAUUCCGUAGGACCAGUUUAUGGUGAUUACUCCAAAGACUAUAAUUCGAUGGAAAACUAAUUUUGCCGGAAGUGUCCGAGUCAGUUUCUGUAGUAGUACAUAAUUCAUCCUGCUGCGUUUUUUUAAUCGUACAGUAAACUCCCGGUUAACCGAGCCUGACAUUCAAAAAUAACAAACAUAAAUGAAGGUUUUAAUAGCGUGAUAUCUCGGGGAGCCGCGAGGAUUAUUUGUUUAUUAAGUAACAAUCGCGGUCGUUAACAUAGACGGACACUACAAAAAAGCGCCAGAACCUGAGUAAAUUAGUCGAACUAUCCAUUGAGUUACCCUUCGAAGAUCAAAUCAACAGCGAAGACAUUCGUGAUUGGUGCAAUCAAGAUGUUCAGAUGGAGAUUACCGAAGAGGAAAUCAUCGAUAUGGUAACUGGUGUUAAGGACAGUGAAAAAGAUGACAAUAUGGACGAGAUGAAUCCCAAAAUAUUAGACACCGACGGGCUGAAAGCGAUCGACGCUGCUCAUACGACAUCCUGCGUCUCUACAGGCGCAACAUUGCAAUGUCCAAGCGAGAGAAGAUGUUAUCUCAGAAGACGAUCAAAGACUUUUUUACGAAAUAAUCUGUUUCCAUUUGUUUACAGGUCGGUAAUUGUGAUUAUUAUAUGCUUUUGCUUCAAAUAAACCAGUUUUGUAACCUUCCACAGGGUUUUACGUCUUUUUUUACCAAAACUGAACUUAACUUUCGUAUUAUCGUAGUUUUCCCGUAUCCGAGAUUGUCCCGGUUCCAAUUACCUCGGAUAAUCGUGGGUCUACUGUAUCAUUAACUUUACUAACGGCAAUGCAAGGCAACAGAACACUCGAUAACACUGAAAAAGUAGUAAAAUCCAGUGGUCACAAUGGCGUUAAAAAUGUUUGUCGUCCAGCUGCCAUAUUAGUAUUGCAAGGUCAUGAUUCUGGAUUACCCUUUAUUAAAUUAAUGUCAAAAUCGGCCGACUUUGAUCCUUGUACUGUAAAUAAAGGAUAUUUAAUACGGUGAAUGAAACAAUUUGUAAAGUUUUGUUGGUACUAUUGGAAUUAAUUUGCGAAAAUGAUCUUUUGUUGAAUUGUUAAUGUAGUAGUAACAUAAAAAGCUUCCACACACGGUUGAAUGGUAUAAACAGAUGUUUGACUUCCUCGUUACCGCCUUGAAGUACUUAAAAUCGUUAAGACUUCAGUUGCUGGUCUAUAUUGUGUAAAAGGGCCAUUUUGUGAUUUUACCUAAUCCCAAAAAGAAGAUCAAGGAAAAAUGGUUGUAGAAGAUUAGAAAAGAUUUUAGAUCAAUGAAAAAAAAUGGAAAAAGUGAAAGAUCUCAGAUAGAACUGACAAGACAACUAUUCAUAUUGGAGUCUUAAAAUUAUACUUUACACACAAAAACAACUGUACAAAGAAACGUCUGGAAAAUAAGCAAAAUUGCACCGUCUGUUGACAUUUGUUUAGGCUACAAUGACUUUUUGAGGUUAAAUUCUGCAUUCAUACAAGGUAGAUAGUGUAUCAAGUAUACAGCAACAGUUUCAGGAAAAAGUCUACUACUACUAAACCACUGUUAAUGGGAAUAUAAACUGCCUAAUACAGGGUGGCGCAAUAGAACGUGCAUUUAUUAAGUAUAGACUAAAAAAAAUAAAUACAUAAGGUAUUGAUGAAAUAAAAGAUACGAAAUUAGGUAAUCAAAUAAAAUUUGGAAACGCAGAUUUGUGAAAAAUCUUGUCAAUAAAUCUGAUGUGGUUUCUGCAAUUUCCUGACUGAUAUUUUCCUUUAGCUGACUGAUGUCCCUCUGAUUGUUCAUAUAGACUUUAUGUUUGAGGUGUCCCUAUAAAAAAAUUAAGAGGUGUUAAGUCAGGUCUACGUGGAGGCCAAGGGAUAUCACCUCUUUUGGAAAUUAGAUGGUUUAAACAUGGAACCGACCUCUUCAAAAUGCUUAACCUAUAUUUUGAUUAAAUUUGCACUCGGAGCUUCAUUAAUGUGUCUUAAUCGAUAUUCUGAACGAUACAGUCGCCUUGUUAAGACGUAAAAACGACCGUUCUCGUAAAAUAUGGCUACUAAACAACUCACACCACCCCACGCACCAUUUACCUCCCGAAAAAAGAUGAUGCAGUAUGCACCCUGUAGUUACUUGACAGCAAAUAUUAUGUUAAAAGAAAUGACUGUUGUAUUAACUCUCAAAAAUUUGUUCUAUCACUUUUGAAGUAAUUCAAAACUGUCGUACAUCAAUUUAUAGGAUUUUCUUAUAAUUGUUUAUAUCGUGUACUGUAUCGAAUUAAGUGUCUAAACCUUACAAUUACAUGGGCUUCUAUUCUCCCUAGCUAAAGUGCCAAGACGUCUAAUGUCAAACAGUUAGAUUAUCGAUUCGAUUUCUAAAAAUCGAUUCCAAGUCAAGAAUUUUUCAGUUGAACUAUCAAUUGAUAUUAUUAGAAAUUCUUUUAUUCUUUUUUUUAGGCAAUAACAAUUAAUAUCGUUUUCUUCAAAAAAAUGUCUUAUUCUUUAAAAACAAUGUUUUCAAAUAAUGUAAUAAAAUCGAAAACCGUUUUCGAACUAUAAAAGUAUUGAAAACGCAUUUCGAUUCUUAUGGAGUCAUUUAAAGCAGCCGUGGGAAUUAGAUCGUUUGCGAAUAACGUCACAACAAGCCGCCAUAUUGUCUUUAACAUUACAUUAAAAUUAUUAAAAUUUUUUUAAGACAAAACAAUACGUCCGACGCAUCAAGUCACGUUAUUAGAAAUGUUUUUGCCGCUUUCUAGGUCAAACUAGCAGUCCAUGUAACUAAUUGGUCUAAGAUCUAAACUUAUUUCUAUUCGAAUUUGUCAUAUGAAGAACUGUGAUUGGCUCGAAAGGGGCCACAAAGGUACUUUUUCUCUUAAUUUAACCUAUCCUGUUUCUUUUGCGUUUGGUUCUAUAAAAUACACACAGUUAAUAUUAAAGAGCGGCAUUCAAGUGAAAAUAAACUAUUGAAAGAGAGAGAGAAAGCAUUAGUUUACCCAUAUAUGUAAUACUCCUAUAUAGACAGUUCUUAUGGGAAAAAACGUCUCUACGUUACGGUGCCGACAAUAUUCAUUUUUUCUCUCGUUCGAGACACUUUAUCUAUACUGCACAUGCUUCAUGCGCGGAACUAACUGAAGCGCCCGGAGGAGAGAGAGAACGAUACACUAUUUGUUUCACUUAGUCGGAACCCUUCCACUUAUUGGAGUAUUGCAUAUAUUGGUUUACCACUCUCUAUUCGCGAUUGUAACCACAUCUCCGACAUUAUGGCGAUCCAAUCAGAAUAACGUAGAGAAAGUUAUAUGGAUACGGCGAUAAUUUUUCUGUCCCGUACUUGGCUCACUCUAUUUUUAGUAUUAACUGUAUGAUUUAAUACGUUGCAUAAUUGACACAACAUAACCUAUACAAAUACAGAGUGAGAAAUAUACUUAUAAACAAAGUUUAAGUUGAACAUUUAAUUUCUAACUGGUAACAAAACAACGCAUCAAAAAUGUCACUAACUCAAGUUUAAUAAUAAUAGUUAGUCAAUUCAAAUUUUGUUAACCUAGUGCAACAUUUAAAAAUGAAGUAGAUACAGGUGUGAUAAUCUAUUUGUUAUUGUUUAUGGUGUAGUUGAGGUAUGAAAAUAUGUUUUUCAUUUCAAUUUUUAGAUACAUUCGAAUAAAAAAUAAUAUAUGAUACGAUCGAAAUCUAUUAGUACGAGAGCUAACAACGUCAGGAAAACAAGCAUUUCAGGUAGGCCAGUUUUUAGAUAUUCUAUCUCUCUCACUCUUCCGGACGUCAUAUGGACUAUCUGGCUGGCGGUAGUGGUUGCGUUCAUCAGUACGCAUCCUACCUGCACAGGUUAAAUAUCGAUGUUUUAAAUCAUUUUAAGAAUUUUUUUUUAUUAUUUUUUUUAUUGAACUUUCUACAACGUAAAUCUAAUAUUGCCAGACAUUUUUAUUGCUGUUUAAAUUGUUCCAGACGUUAAUUUCGAAUUAAAAAAAAAUUUUUUUUCGAAAUAAUUCAGUAUGGCUGAAAUUUUUUUAUAAUAUUUAAGUAUCUAAAAACUUAAAAUUAAUUUGCCAAACAAUUAUUCGGUUGUUAUUCGAUUUAAAAGUGGAAAGUGAUGUGGUAUCAUUUUGCUUGGUCUAAAAAUAGUUGUCGAAUAAAUUACAGAGAAAGAAUUAAAAAUUAAAGAAUAAAUGUGUGGAAUAAUGUAGUAUAAAAAUAAUUAUUUAUUGUUGAACAAAAUUAAGAUAAUAAUCAAUCUCAAGUAAGAAAAUAAACAAAAAUUAUAUUUCUUAAUUGAUAAUUGUAUCACAAAAAACUGAGGCAUCUUGAUAAUCAUAAUCAUCAUCAUCAGCUUCAUCACUGCUGUCAUUUUCAUUGUCAUCAUCGUCUUUUGGGUUGUCAUCGUCUUGUAAUAAGUUAUUAUUUGUAAAAUUAUGAAAAAUUGAAUAAUCUUUCGGUAGAGAAAUUUAUUAGUAUUUUAUUUUUAAUUUUUACCUUUAAUAAUAAUGUCGACAACUAAUGAUGGCAAUUGCUCUCCAACAAACCAGACAAAAUCAUAUUUAUCGUCAUUUAUAGUCCAGCCGGAAGCUUGAGGUGAUAGAGAUGUCGGGUGUUUUAAAUGGGCAUUUCUCCAAAACUUUGUAACGUAACGAACUCGUAGUAAAUGCUGAUACAAUUCACUUUUGCAUGGUGGUAGGCUUGAUGGAUCAAAGUUACGACAUUUUUUUUCAAAAUUAUCAUCUGAUUUUUUAGACCGAUAAGUAUUUGAAAACAGAUUGAACCGAACUUCAUUGACGUUCCAAGAAUCACGAGCUCCGUAAAUAUGACAAAUUAACUUUUCUAAGAUCUUAAAUGUCUCAAUCAGUAAUUCUUCAUCAUCUGUAAUAAUAUUUUGACAAGCUAAUUGAUACUCUUCUGAUUGCUCUAACAGUUUAAAAGGUCGAAGUUUGCCUUUCCGGAAAAGAGUUGGUGUGUAGUCGCAUCCUGUGAGUGCAUGAAAGCACGGUAGAGCUUUCAAUAAAGAAUUCCCUAGAAUUUCGUGUACAUGAUUAACGCUUAUAAAUCGCUCAUGAUUACCCACACCCAAAUUUAUCCAGAUUUUUAGUGAUGCAUUCAAAUGAUCCAUGUUACCAAGAAGUAUUAUUAAAAUAUCUGUGUCUGAGCAGCGUAUCACAACUUCGCCAUCGACAUUUAUUUGGCAAAUAUGGUAUAUUAUUCGACAAUCGGCCUCUUCGUGCUCUUCGCAAGACAGUGAGUCUUCAACAGUUUUAAUAACUUUAUUAUUUUCAACCCGGUAUGAAUAACACUUGUUGAAGUUCAGAUAAAUUAUUUUAUUUCCAAUAAUCGGAGCCAUUUCAUCACCAGCCCAAUGGUCAAUAAAAAAAUUAACAAGGCCUUCUUUAAAAUAUAUAUUUUUAAGUUCAGCUACAAAAUUAUGUGGACGAAUUUGAUUGGGCCCGAUUGUACCUUGGCUAAUUAUUUCAUCUCGACGUGAACGCUCAAAAUCUUUGAUUGACAGUGUAAAAUACUGAUCGAAGACAAUAUCGACACGGUCGGAUUUAAAUCGUAGUAUCAUACUCAAAAUUUUUUUAGAUAAAGCAUCAAGGGUUACAGGUACUUCUUUUAUUAAGUGUAACAUGAAAAAACCAUCUAAAAUAACCGAAAUGAAAAACGAAGGUGGCUUAUCGACGUUAUCACCGAUUUUCUUCUCAAUCAAUUUAAGUAAUUGAGAUUUGUCAGUUUUACAAAUACUGCCAUCUGCGUGGCACAUUGAUGUUGGCACUGGUGUCAAUGGAAUAGUUAAAACUUUUUCGAUAUCAACUUUAUGAGUUAACGAGAUCCCUAACAUUCUCCCAAAUAAAUCGCGUUGCAUUCUCAGCUCGACAACUUUAUUCCCAAGAGUCAAUUUUUUUUUGUUUUGGAGCCUCAGCGAAGUUAAAUAUUUUGUUUUUUUUUAUCGGUUUGUCAAAUCUACAUUCAUCUACAGCACAUUCAGUAAUGAACUGUUUCCUUAACUCAUCACCAUUUUCUUCGACAUUCGGUAGGAACUCAGCUAUAUGUUCAGAGACCGGCUUUCCAGUAGCUAUAUUAUAAAGAUUAUCUUUGUUUAAAUCUGGAUCGAACGAAUUACAGUUUUUUUCUAAGAUAUCGAUAAAAUCAGCAAGUUGUUUUUCAAAAAUUUUAAUCCGAUUAGGUUGUAAGUCUGCGGAAACGUCUUGCAAGUGUCUUAAUCCACAAACAUCGAGAACAUGGGAGAUCAAAGCAGCCCUGAUACUGUGACUUUUUGUCCAGCGUUGGCGUGUAGCUAUCGAAUUUGUAAAAUGGGCAAUACCGCUGAGACGUUUAGCUGCAUCUGCAUUUAUAGUCUGUUCCAAUGUAAGAUCUAUUGGUAUUCUUGAAAAAGAUAUAUCUGUUCUUUUAUUUCCGAAACAUCCAGAUUUGAAGUCCUCUUCAAGUCCUGGAUGUGUUUCGUUAACAUUCUUUAAAUUAUCAUAAUAUUUAACAUACCAUCGAGCGUAGUUGGGUUGAUUAAACAUAAAAAAUAAAUUUGUGAUUUUUGGAAUUAUAUGCUUAAACAUUUCAAAAUCACCCAUGCGUAUGCUCCUUGAUAAAAUGAUGUAAUAAUUAACUAGUUGAAUGUAGAUCAUGUAGAACUGAGCAGUUUUACCAUGAUCACCUUGUCUUGUUUUAUCUACGAAUUUUUGAUACGAAGAGAGCAGUCGAGACAAUACUUGAUUCGGUAAUAAUUCAGCAGUCUUAGUUGAAUGUAAAAUUUCAAAAUUUUGAUAUUGAAGAUCAUCUAUUAUUUGCUCUUUCAAAAGACAGUGUUCGACUUGCAUUGUUUUUAAGUAUUGGUCAAAUUGUAAUAUUUGCAAACCUACAGCCAUCAACGGAUGCAGACGUUUGCAACGAUUAAAAUUUUUGCCAUCAAUGAUUCCAUUCACAGAACCUGAUGCUAUAAUCUUAAUUUCAACCAUCAUAUGUGAUAAUCCACACUCAUUGAUAAAUACUCCAAUCGCUUUAAAGAAUGCCAUCAUCAAAUGAAAUGAGCCAAGAUGUAUGAAGAGAUUAUCAAAUUUUGGGGUUUCUGUUGCCUUAAUCUUGAGAGCAAUUUUAGCGAUGGCCAAAUCAUAUGUUACUUGGACGUAUUUUUGGUUACAUUCCACACCAACUUGUUGAGCCUGUGUCAAUGUCAACUUCACUACUGAUGUCUCUGUUGGUGACAAAUUGAUUAGAGUAAGGUAAGAUACUUUUUGUUUUGGAGUAUUAUCCUUUAUAAUUCGACAAUUAAAUCCCGUCCACAUUGGAGUGUUUGGCACCUGGAAAAAGAGUGAAGUCAUAUGUAAUAAAUCAAUAGUUUGUACUAAAGACAAAGUACUGGGAAUAGAUUGCUCUAUGUUGUCAACAGGUGUUAAUAAUUGUUCUAACACUUGUAAACGAGCAGAAAUCGGAACGAGUUCAGGAACAAUAGCUUCAAAGGUUCGUCUUCUUUUCGUUGGUGGUGGUAACAUAUCGGACUGAUCACUUCUAGAAUCUGCAUCACUUUCAUUAGCAGCAUCAUUAUCAAUAUUAUACCAACGGUGUCAUGCAAAGUUUCCUUUCCAUUAAGAGUAUCAACGUACCUAUAAAAGUUAUCAAAGGCUAGACCUGUGCAUAAUGAUGAUUUCCGAAUAAUGUUAGGUGGACUAAUUUCAGAACGAUGAACAGAUGAGUAAGUAGCUUCAGUUUCAAACUCCUCCAGUGUAGUAUAGUUGCAGCAAUGUCCAAGACGAUUAAGAAUGUUAAUGAUUUUUCUACUACUUGUAAUACAUUUAACAGUCAUUCCAAGAGUUAUGUUUUGAUGGUUUAAUAGUACCAUUAGUAACACAAAAAAUAGUAUCAGCGGCGAUUGAGUUGCUUAAUCGAACACCGUUUACACCAUUUCGGCGACGAAUAUCUUUACCUCCAAUCAAUACUUUAAAAAACCGAUCCAACAUUUCAGGAAUGAUACAUUCACCAUUGAUUAAAUUACUUGGCUUGAUUUUUUAAGGUAAUUUUAAUUUUUCCAUUUUUAAAAUGGCGUUCCGCAGGACUAAAGCUACUUUAUCAAUAAGCUCAUUUUCCUCGAGUCUCGUCAAAUCAUUGUCUUCUAAUAAACUGCUAUCUUUGUGCAUGAUAACUCUUUUUUUAUUUUUUGUAAUAAUUUUGAUUGACUUUUUAAAUUGUUUGAAAAUUUUUUCCUCGAGAUAAUGAUUUGUCAUUAAAUUUAGAUCUGUCUCAGAUUGAAGCUUCAAUUCAUUAUUGUAUGUGUCACAAAGAGAAGAUAACAGCAAACAAUUUUUAUUGUUGAUAACUUCUUCCUCUAUUAAUGAUACAAUUUGUUUGAAAAUGCACUGGUGGAUACUCCGAUUGUCAUGCCAGGGAGUUUGUGGAUUAUCAGCAAUAACUUUAUUGUAAUCAUAAAAAAUAAUUUCACUUUUUGCCUGUAAAUUUUUUAUUUUGUGUAGCAACUCUUGAUUACUUAAUUUUGCCAUCCACUCUAAAUUUUUGCAUUAUUUGAGGAGUGUAAAGUUUGUAGUUUACCUUUUGAAUGCUUGCGAUCUUUCCACAAAAAAAACAAA